AUAUGCGUCUCAAGAUCAGGUGAUUGGUGUACGUGUAUACAAAAAUAUAGAAACCAUAAAUAUAGCCCAGGUCAUUCUGUAUAAGUAGAGACGAACAAUUAAAAUGGCGUCGCCGGAGGCACUCCUCGGGAAGUUGCAGAAGGAUAUCGACCUGAAAUCGAGUGCAGCCCAUUAUUAUAAGCUGUGGAGGAAGGAGACCCACAAGAUCCCCACUGCUUCCUCACCAAACGUUCAGGCAGUAGCUCUUCAUGAAGGUGACUGGCACACACAUGGAGCUAUCAAGACCUGGAACUACACCAUCGAUGGGAAACCAGAAGUAUGGAAGGAGAAGGUGGAGUUCAACGAUGCGAACAUGACUAUUACCUGCCACGGCAUUGAGGGAGACCUUUACAACGAGUUAAAGUUCUACAAGCUCACAAUCAAGGUUGUCCCGAAGAACAAUGGUUCCGUGGCAAAGCUGGUCAUAGAGUAUGAGAGGCUGAACGAGGAUAUGCCGAUUCCCAACAAGUAUAUGGAUUUGGUUGUCAGCGUGGUUCAGGAUAUCGAUGCCCAUGUCCAUGGGGCAUCGACUUAAGAGGAUUGCACAUCUUCAAUCAUGUUUCUGGGUGCAAUGUUUUCUGUAGUACGAAUAAGGAUGCUGUACCAUGAUAUGAACCUAUUGUGUCUACGAUGUUUCUCUGCUUUUGCUCUGCUUCGUACUUUUACAUGGAUUUUGUUGUCAGCGAGAUUCAGAAUAUCGAUGCCCAUGUCCACAGGGCAUCGACUUAAGGGGAUUGCGCAUCUUCGAUGGUGUCCCUGGGUGUAAUGUUUUCUCUAGUGAGAAUAUGGAUCUUGUACUGUCAAUUCUGAAUUGAGCUGAAUGAGCUAAACUUUCACUGAA